UGACAACCAUCACGGCCGUCUUUCACUGCAGGAUAAAAAAAAAAAGUAAUAAAAAACCCAGUCAAAAGAAUCCAACAACCCCACCAACGCUAAUCGGCAACCCCACCUGUGCCGUCAAAGUAUCACGCGCUUGCACACGCCUUCAUUAUCUCCUUUGAGUGAGUCUCCCUGUUCCCAACAGAAUUACAAACCCAAGACCCCAAAACCUACCAGAAACAAAACCAAACCAAAACAAAUCCCCAAAUUCAAAAUAUAAAUAAAAAACUAAAGCGAAGCUGAAAAAUCGGAAGGAGAAAAACACACAAGUCUCACCUGAAAUGGCGUCGUCGAAGGUGAUGGCGUCGUCGAAACCUAGAAAUUCGGAUCCAUCUUCAACAACUUCAUCUCGAUCGCGACGCGCCACUUCUUCUUCUUCUGCCACUAAUACUACAGCAAAACCAGCUUAUCAAUCUACUGACCGAUUAUUUCAAAAGGAAUCAACAAUGACAGUUGACGGCAUCCUACGUAGCGUGUACGCGUCUCCAUCAACCGAAUCGACUCUUCUCGACGCACAAAUAACCCUAAUGGAAUCCCCUGACCAUCUCCCUCAUCCACAAAUCGAAACAGAUGAUACCGAUGAUCAAGAUAUGAGUGAUGUAAUUCCACAAGAGAAUAAGACUGCGGAUGAUAUCUGGAGAGAAAUUGUUGUGGGGAGAAAGGAAAUGAAGGAUGAGCCGGACGAGAUGAUGACUUUGGAGGAUUUUUUAGCGAAGACAGGGGCGGUGGAUGUGGUUGGAGAGGACGGGGAUGAGGUCAAGAUGCCGCCGCCUGAGAGGUUGAGUGGAGGAUUGUAUGCGUUUGAUUCUUUGCCACCGAGUUCAUUUCAGGUGCUGGAUAAGGAGGAAGGGUCGAUUGUUGGCUUUGGGAAUGGAGUGGAGGUGGAGCUUGUUGCUGGUAGUGGUGGUGGUGGCGGUGGUGGAGGAAGAGGGAAGAGAGGAAGGGGUGUGGCAAUGGAACCUUUGGAUAAGGCGGCACAGCAGAGGCAGAGGAGGAUGAUUAAGAAUCGGGAGUCUGCUGCUCGCUCCAGAGAGAGGAAGCAGGCUUAUCAAGUGGAAUUGGAGUCUUUGGCAGUGAGGUUAGAGGAGGAGAAUGAGCAGCUGCUUAAAGAGAAGGAAGAGAGGACCAAGGAAAGGUUUAAGCAGCUUAUGGAAAAAGUAGUUCCUGUGGUUGAGAAGCGAAGGCCACGACGUGCACUUCGGAGAGUCAACUCCUUGCAGUGGUAGAUUGUCUGUGCGCGAUUUGAUAAUUCAUGCGGUUCUCUUACAUAGAGGAAAAAGAAAAGCAGCAUCCUUUUGAAAAUUCAUUUUCUAGUGGAUUAGAUUUUGAACCCGAUCAUCAUUUAGAGCAAUCGUGGUUUUUAUGUCAUUGAGAGAUGAAAAAAAAAAGAGAGAAGGAAUGACAACCUGAAUCAUAAAGUAAUUUCCUUAAAAAUGAAUUAGGAGGCUUCAAUCCAGGGUAGAUAGAUGGUAAAAGGUUUUAGCUAUUUAUGUAGUUCGGGGGUGUUGCUAUGCAAUGCGGUGCUUUGUUACCCCCAGUUGUGGUAUGGGGGGGCAGAAGUGCUGGAUUAGUAUACUGUAUUUAUGUGUUGGAAAGUUAUGUUGGUUGGCAGAAUAUAGAGUGGUGGUGGUAUCUACUUGUAGCAGCAGACCUUUUGUGGUUAUUUUGCUGCAAAAUAUUUGCAGUCGUGUUUAAAAUUCACAGCUUGGAGCACUGACACCAUAUAAUGAUGCAGGUCCUUGAGGGCAUUCGGAA